AUGAAACUGAACUUGCAAACCUCAACAACUCAGAAACAAAUGUCACUUAGACAUCAAACCAAGCCGAACUUGGAGAGAUACUCACGGCUCAAGCGUCCACGUAUAUCAGUACCCGAAGAUAAUCCAGUAAUCGUGGCUCCUUCUACUACGGACGUCUUGGUCGAAGCCAGUCCAGAACCAAUUUCCAAAGAGUUGAGCAGCUCAUCUGCAUUACCAGCUAAGAAGAGGAAACGACUACUUACUGUUGGAGGUCUUGUAUCUAGCAAUGAAGCAUCAGCCACUCCUACCUUGACUAGAGCAAACAGUCGCAAAAAUCGCAAUACCAUAUUUAAAAUACCUACUAUAGACCGAUUGAUUGCUAAUAGUAAUAGUAAUCUAGUUGAUGAUGCAUCUACAUCUGUAGUCGACUCGCCAAUGAUAUCACGUAUUGAAGCUGUAGAUCAAGGUGCUCUCGUCGCAGAAACACCAAUACCAAGUCCACCACCGAAUCAGGUUGAAACGCCCGUGAAUGACCAUAAACCAAAUGGAUUUAUGACUAGAUCUGGACUCAAAGUAUCACCAAAUAUAGCAUCUAUUAUACAGCGUGGACCGUUAUAUGUAGCACAAUCGCCAGACUUUGGGGAUGUAUCGAGUAUAGACAUUCAAGCUUUUGAUGAUUACAUGAAUGAAUUGGAACAGAAUCAUGCACCACUUGCUACAGAUAAUGUAGUAGCAGCUCCUCAGCAUUCGUUUAUACCAGCUUCUCAAAUAACGCAGCUUCACAUGGACGCUCCACACCACCAAGUCAAGUCACCCUUGGUCUCGCAAGCAGCAGCUAUAUUAGCACCCGUAUUGCUUCCUACUUCUCCUUUGGUAUUGCCCACAUUACUGAAUAAUCAAUUUGCUCGUCAGCCCUCGUCGUUGAUUGCCAGUGAGGAAGUUGCGUAUGUCGAAGAGACUGACUUGUUGCUGACACGACCUGAGCUGGGACUUCCAGAGAGUGUUAUCGAAACAUACGGGGAAGCUGGUGUCAAAUCGCUGUAUGAGUGGCAAAUGGAAGCAUUGCUCAUUGAUGGUAUCUUGAAUGGGAAAAAGAACUUGGUUUACAGUGCACCAACGUCUGCUGGCAAGACAAUGGUUGCAGAGCUGAUCAUGGUCAAGCGAGUUUUGGAAUCCAAGAAGAAAGCUAUAUUCAUCCUGCCGUUUGUUUCUAUUGUCUCUGAAAAGACCAAGUAUUUGCAAAAGAUGUUCGCAUCUACGAGACUCAAUAUUGUUGGAUAUUACGCCUCUGUUGGAUCUGCAUCCUUUGAUGAUGUUGAUAUAGCAAUCUGCACGAUUGAAAAAGCGAAUGGUAUCAUGAAUCGACUCUUGGAAGAACAGCGUCUAGAUCAGAUUGGAAUAGUGGUGGUUGAUGAACUUCACAUGGCACGUGAUUACAGUCUCGGAGUCGGUGACGAGGGACGAGGUUAUCUUCUCGAACUUCAACUCACCAAGAUGCAAUACGUGCUUCGAGAUGAGAUUCAAGUCGUUGCCAUGUCUGCAACCAUUUCAAACAUCGCUGUCUUGGCAUCAUGGUUGAGUGCAGAUUUAUAUAUUAGUGAUUACCGACCUGUCCCACUAACGGAAUACAUCAAGGUCAAUGACACUCAAGAGGUUUGGGACGUCCAUCUCGGAACGAAGAGAUGUUUGAAAGACAUAUAUCCUUAUGACAAGUUGGAUCCAGAUAUGCUUGUUCCUCUGGUUGCCGAGACGGUGGCAGAAGGCAACUCGGUCUUGGUAUUCUGCAGGACGAAAGUUGCGUGUGAAGCAGCAGCCAAACUUCUCGCCAAAUUGAUGCCUGUUUUGCUUAAGUUUGGAUUAUCUGAAGAUGAAGCCAAUAAUCACAAGAAUGUUAUGGCAGAGUUGCAAAGAUCACCAGGAGGAUUAGAUCCCGUUCUCGAAGCGACGGUUCCUCAAGGGGUUGCAUAUCACCAUGCGGGACUUACUGUCGAAGAACGUGAAUGCAUAGAGGAUGCUUUUCGUGCAGGCUAUAUUCGAGUACUUUGUGCAACAUCUACACUUGCCAGUGGCGUUAAUUUACCUGCACGAAGAGUCAUCUUUCGAUCACCAGAACAACAUCAAGGUGGUAUUCUAGAUCCACAAAGUUACAGUCAAAUGAAAGGUCGAGCAGGCCGAAAAGGAUAUGACACUGUUGGCGAGAGUAUAGUGCUUUGCUCGUCAAAACAACUCACUCGUGUUAAGAGGUUGCUCGAGUCUCCGUUACAGCCAGUACAAUCAUGUCUCACAUCAGAACGCAAAGGACUAAAACGUGCUCUCCUCGAAGUCAUUGCUGCUGGAGUAGUGCGAACUGCUCAAGAUGUAACAGCAUAUGUCGAAAGGAGUUUGUUGUUUGCUGAAGAUCCGUCGUGGGAUCGUGUCAAUGGAUAUGUCAAUGAAGCAUUGGAGUUUCUGCUUGAACGAGAUUUGGUUUGUAAGGAUGGAGAAUGUUGUAAGGCUACGAAGCUUGGGAUGGCAACUGUUGCUUCCUCUCUCUCUCCGGAAGAAGCUAUUGUGGUCUUCCAAGAGCUACGUGCUGCUAUGAAUAGCUUUGUGUUAGCUGAGGAUCUGCACAUUGUCUACCAAGUCACACCUACUUACUUCGCAUACAAUGACUUGGAUUGGAACGGUGUCGCUCAAGUAUACUCAAGACUUGGUGACGCACAAUCACGAGUAGCCACAGCAAUUGGCAUAGAUCAAGGUCUUGUCAUUAAAGUCUCUCGAGAAGGAUGGCGCAAGAAUUUAGGCAAGACGGCUGAUGGUCGGGAAAAGUCUAUGAUUCUUGGCCGUUUCUUUGCAUCCCUUAUGCUAGCAGACCUAGUGAGAGAAGUAUCAUUUGAGCAGAUCAUGGACAAGUACAAUUUCCGGAAUCGAGGCUUGUUGCAAAGUUUGCAGUCUUCUGCUGCUACUUUUGCUGGUAUGGUUACUGUGUUUUGCGAAAGGUUGGGCUGGACGAAUUUGCAGCUGCUGGUUCAGCAAUUUCAAGAUCGAUUGAACUUUGGUGUUGAGAAUGAGUUGUUGGAACUGGCUCGUAUCCCUGGAAUAAAAGCAUUCACUGGUCGUGUAUUGUUCAGAGCAGGAUACAAAACCAUUCCGUCAAUCGCUUGCGCAAGCGCAGAGGAGAUUCAUAAACACAUUGCAUCCUCACGACCAUUCAAAAUCAAUGGCAACUAUGAUGAAGCUGCCCAAAAUCGUAUCGAAUUCCGUAUUGCCCAUCAGAUUGUACAAGGUGCUCAACGUCUACUCGAAAUUGAUCAAAAGGAAGUCAGUCGAGCUUCGAAAAAGCUAGCUCACGCCUUGAAGACAGCAAAGAAUGGCACGAAACGAAAACGUGGGAAAAAGGGCAAACCAGCUUUUACUGUCAACAAUUAUCAUAGGCUCGAGCUGCCGAAUAGGUCUGAAACGCCGGUGCCAUAUGGAGACACCCGUCCACCAGGUGCAAGCUCUCCUGCACUCUUUGACGACGAUUCGGAAUUUGACGAGCAGCUUGAGCAAGAGGAUGAAGCCACGCCAAGUUUGGAAGAUGCACAAUUAGAAGUUGUAGCUUAUCCAACUAUUGUGCAUUUGGGCGAGAAUCUUGAUGCAAUGAAGAAUUUCUUGCAAGAAUGGCCCAGACAGCCGAAAUAUGCAAUUCGAGUCUGCGCAAGACGUGAAGCUCAGAAUGUGAUAUUAGAAGGAUUGGCAGUAUGUUGGGACCCAUCACUCGUAUUCUAUUUGCCAAACGAUACCAACUCCAGUCAAGAAUCAAAAGUCGCUUGGGGUGAUGUUGCGCGUGUAUUGUCUGAGCCAUCUCAAAAAUACGCCUUCCAUGUGCAGCAUGAUUUGACUGCUUUGGCAUGGCAACGCAUACCUGUCGCACAACCUAUACUAGAUCCACGAGUAGCAGCAUGGGCUCUAGAUCCUGAAGGACGUGAUUACACACUUCAUCAAGCUCUGAAUGUCAUCUUUCCAUCGAAAAGGUUCAAUAUGGCUAGUUCAAAGAUUGAGAAGUGUUGUUUUGAGGCCACACACGUGCUUCUGCUUGGCGAGCAUCACUGGAGUAAAUUGGAGGUUGAAGGGUUGUUGCGUCAUGUUGUGGACGUUGAGAUGCCAGUAAUGUCCAUCUUAGCUGAACUGGAACUGGUUGGGCUUGCAUUUGAAGUAGAGUACUUCACAGGUUGCCUGAACGAAUAUCGAACUGCUAUACAUCAAAUAGAAACGGAAGCAUUCAAGUUGGCUGGUCGAAGGUUUUCCUUGAGUAGCCCUGCUCAAGUGGCUCAAGUGCUAUACGACGAUUUGAAACUUCCCACCGAUAAUUCCACCAAUAAGAACAAUAAGGUUACUGGGGGUCGAGCUGUGUUUAGUAGAAGUACGAGCAAGGAAGUCCUUGAACGUAUUUCUCGUUUGCAUCCAUUGCCUCGUUUGGUUGUUGAGUACCGACGUAUAUCGACUUUGGUGUUUAACCAGCUGUAUUCGUUAAAUGAUGCAGGAGUUAUGCAUCCAUACUUUCGUCAUCACCGUGUGCUUUGUGAAUAUGAUUCUCAUACUGCAACGGGGCGAGUGACUACCAAGAACCCGAAUCUUCAGAAUAUUCCUCAUCCCCGUUCUCUCGUGGAUAUUGGCUUUGGACAAGGAAACUUGGUGAAUAUUCGUAAUGCUUUCAGAGCAUCACCAGGUCAUAUUCUGGUGUCGUCGGAUUACAGUCAGCUUGAGUUACGUAUUAUUGCUCACAUGAGCGCAGACCGUAAACUUUUGGAAUUAUUGAAUGGUGGUGGUGAUCUCUUUAUCAAACUGGCUGCACAAUGGAAUGGAAUAGAACCUUCAGAAGUUACGCCAGAGAUACGGAAGAGAGCGAAAGCUGUUGCGUAUGGAGUUAUAUACGGUCUCGGUCCUACAACACUGGCGAAUGACAUGAAGACAUCCGUGGAAGAGGCAGAGAGUCUCAUUCACAAUUUCCGUAAUUCGUAUGAAGGGAUACCGCAGUUGAUUCAACGGAUUACCAAUGACUGUGCAAAUACUGGGUAUGCUGAGACCUUGUUGGGGCGUCGACGGUAUUUGCCUGCUAUAUUUUCGGGAGAAAUGUCAAAGAGAGCUCAAGCCCAACGCCAAGCAGUUAAUACGACAAUUCAGGGAUCUGCUGCAGAUCUAGUAAAAGUUGCAAUGAUCAAGAUCAGAGAUGUUUUUACAAGCAAGUACGGAUGCUGGUAUGCUCAUGAGGAGCCAGACUCUCAGGCUUUGCAUGUACCUCAUAUGGUUCUGCAGAUUCAUGAUGAGCUUUUGUUUGAGGUACCUAUAACUAUGCUGGACGAAGUCAAAGAGGUAGUGGAAGAAUGCAUGAUGAAUGCCAUCACAUUGAGUGUUAAGAUGCCUGUCAGGUUUAAGAAAGGUGUUAGAUGGGGUGAACUACUGGAGGACUAA